AUGACGCUGGUUGGACUAAGACACCAGGCGGUGGAGAUCGAGCCUGGGACAACCAUUAAAUUUUGGGCUCCAUCUGAAACAACUAAGAAAGUAAAAGAGAAAGCUGAAGAAAAUGUGUUAAGUAGUAUAUUACGGUGCCUUGUCCCUAACAAGCUCGUUUUUGAGAAGGUGAAGGUGGAUCCAGAGGAGGAGGAGAAGAAGAAGAAAACAAAGAUGCCUGCGGUGGUAUUGCUACAUGGCUUCACUUGUGAAGGUAUCAUGACGUGGCAGUUACAGGUGAGACCAUUGACGAGUAAGUACGCUAUCUACAUUCUAGACCUUCUCUUCUUUGGACAUUCCAUAACCAGUAGGACCGAUUGGUCACCGGAGUUCCAGGGAGAAUGCAUGGUCCUACUUAUUAAAUUCUCUGAAUUAUUCGCGAAUAAUUGUGCGGUGGUGGGGUUUAGCUAUGGUGGGAUGGUGGGUUUCAAGAUGGCGGAGCUUCACCCGGACAUGGUGAAGUCCUUGGUGGUUACCGGUGCGGUCACGGCCUUUACGGACUCCCUCAAUGCUAAGACAAUCGGUCGGUUGGGUUUCUCAUCGCCUUCGGACUUUUUGCUGCCCACUUCGGUUGAGGGUGUGAAAACCCUAUUGAAAGCUGGCAUUUACAUGAAACCUUGGCUUUCUGAUCGUGUGUUCAAGGACUACUUCCAGGUGAUGUUCAACAACAGAAAGGAGAGAGCUGAAUUACUAGAAACUCUGAUCAGCAGCAGCAAGGAUGCCACCAUCCCCAACUUUACACAAGUUUGCAAACCUACAAUUUGACAUUGUUCUUGGAUUGGCAUUUGGCAGUGGCAUGUACUGUACCCCCAUAGAGUCAAAAUCCCAUUAGACUGGAACCUUCUAUAUCCUAGGGGAUUUAUGUGAUAGGAUCGAACCUAACAGCAAGCAGUGCU